UAUCCAGACGGGUGCGCCAUCUAAGCCAGUUAAAACAGUCCCGCGAAAAGUUACCGAGCCCCACUUCUUGUCUGAACGUCUGCCAGUGAAGACCGGGAGGGAACCAACUAACACCACACAAAAUGAGCGACCUCAGCAAGAACGACGUUGAAAGGGCAUCCUUCGCCUACUCCAUCUACGACUUCGACGGCUCCGGCAAGAUCGACGCCUUCAACCUGGGUGAUGUCCUGAGGGCACUCAACUCCAACCCCACAUUGGCCACCAUCGAGAAGCUCGGUGGUACCAAGAAGAAGGGAGAGAAGACCCUCACGCUCGAAGAGUUCCUUCCCAUCUACGCCCAAGCAAAGAAAGACAAAGACCAGGGUUGCUACGAGGACUUCUUGGAAUGUCUGAAACUGUACGACAAGAACGAGAACGGUCUGAUGCUUGGCGCUGAGCUCACACACACCCUCCUUGCGUUAGGUGAAAAGCUGGAUGACAAAGAAGUCGACGAAGUCGUCAAGGACUGCAUGGACGCUGAAGAUGACGACGGCAUGAUCCCCUACGCACCAUUCCUGAAGAAGGUGAUGGCGUAGAAGAUCUCAUCUCGUCAUAUCUUUAGUUAUAAGUCCUUUCCUCCGGAAAAUGUGCGACGGCUGGGGCGCAAAGAAGGAGGAAGAAGCCGCGCCCGCGGAGGGCUAAACUCUUUGCGUCCGGACCCCGGACGCCGGCUGCCGGACACCGGACGCCGGCCGCCGGACGGCGCUCGCGCACCGCGCCCCGCUGCCCGCCGCCCGCCGCCCUUCCCUCAGCCGUCUCAACACCCCGUAUGCGCCAUCUUAGAUACGGACUACCCCCUUUUUUAUACUAUGCAACAACAUUGUACAACUCGAUAUCUAUGACAUCUAUGACUGUACAUACUAAACUAAGAUUAAAUUAAACUACUGUAAAACACA